AUGUUAACUUCAUUUGAAGACUUAUACUUUGAAGAAAACACAACAUCAAAAUACUGUUAUUUUGAGACUGAUAAUUUUCUUCCAAUAAAAGACUACAACGAAUCCAUAGAAUAAUUUGGAAUGUUGAUAGAAGCUUAAAUAGAUGAUGUUAUUAUCAAUUAAAAUGAUACACCAGAAAAUGAGCCUCAAUCAACAUUCUAAGAAAAUAUUCAUUUACAAAACAAUUUUUGUUUACCAAUUAAAAAAAAAAUGUAUAGAUUCCCUAGAGAAUCAAAAAACUAUUUCAAAAAUAUUGGGCCAAAGCUCAGAAAAUUCAUUAUGUAAAAUUUCUCUUAAACACAUGAAUUAAUUAAUCAUCCUUUAAUUGUAGAAUUUUUAAAAGUUAAAAAUUAAAGCCACACCAAGUUGCAUAUUAAACAACUUUGUAAAUCAAGUUAAGGCCUUGCUAUAGCAAAAACUUUCUUUAAAAACUUUAGAUGGGCCAAAUCUCUUGUUAAUGAUGAUCUCAGAAGCUAUUUUCGACUGAAUAGCGAAUGGAAUAAUUGA